GUUUCUGUAAAAGGAAGAAACUUUGAUAAAGAAAACGACAUCGCUUUGCUCGUCGUUUCGCAGUCUCGUCAGGAUUGCGAAGAUGAGCAAAGUUCUGGUAGGGAUUAUUCUAUGGAUGUGGUGUUGUGUGUGGGUUUGUAAUGGGCAGGGAGAGUAUGUGCUGUAUAAGGACCCUAAGCAGACGGUGUCAGAUCGAGUUGUUGAUUUGUUGGGUCGAAUGACUCUGGAAGAGAAGAUUGGUCAGAUGGUUCAGAUUGAUAAAAGUGUUGCCACUGUUAACGUAAUGCGAGAUUACUUCAUAGGCAGUGUAUUGAGUGGUGGUGGGAGUUCUCCACUCCCUGAGGCAACUGCUCAGAAUUGGGUUGAUAUGAUAAAUGAGUAUCAGAAGGGAGCUCUUUCUAGUCGUUUGGGCAUUCCUAUGAUAUAUGGCAUUGAUGCGGUUCACGGCCAUAACAAUGUCUACAACGCUACCAUCUUCCCUCACAAUAUUGGUCUUGGAGCCACCAGGGAUCCUGACCUGGUUAAGAGGAUUGGAGCGGCAACUGCAGUUGAAGUCAGAGCCACUGGGAUUCCAUACACUUUUGCUCCUUGCAUUGCAGUGUGUAGAGAUCCAAGAUGGGGUAGGUGUUAUGAGAGUUACAGCGAAGAUCACAAAGUCGUGGAAGACAUGACUGAUGUCAUACUUGGUUUACAAGGAGAGCCUCCUUCCAACUAUAAUCACGGAGUUCCCUUCGUUGGUGGAAGGGAUAAAGUUGCAGCGUGUGCCAAGCAUUAUGUGGGAGAUGGUGGGACAACCAGAGGAGUAAAUGAGAACAACACAGUCACUGAUUUACACGGUCUUCUUAGCAUUCACAUGCCUGCUUAUGCUGAUGCAAUUUACAAAGGCGUUUCCACAGUGAUGGUUUCAUAUUCGAGCUAUAAUGGCGAGAAGAUGCAUGCCAAUACUGAGCUCAUUACAGGGUAUCUCAAGGGUAACCUUAGGUUUAAGGGUUUUGUUAUUUCUGAUUGGCAAGGUGUUGAUAAGAUAUCAUCACCACCGCAUUCGAACUACAAAGCUUCUGUCCAAGCUGCAAUUCAGGCUGGCAUUGACAUGGUCAUGGUUCCUUUUAACUUCAACGAGUUCAUCAAUGAUCUUAUGUCUUUGGUGAAGAGCAAAGUAAUUCCUAUCACCCGGAUUGAUGAUGCUGUCAGCAGAAUCCUACUUGUCAAGUUCACCAUGGGUCUUUUUGAAAACCCUUUGGCUGAUUACAGCUUCUCCAAUGAACUAGGAAGCCAGGCACAUAGAGACUUGGCAAGAGAAGCUGUUAGGAAGUCCCUUGUGCUGCUGAAAAACGGGAACAAUACCAAUCCUAUGCUCCCACUUCCAAGGAAGGCUUCAAAGAUCCUCGUAGCUGGUACUCAUGCUGAUAAUUUAGGUUACCAAUGUGGUGGUUGGACCAUAACUUGGCAAGGAUUAAGCGGCAACAAGAACACUAGAGGAACUACAAUUCUUGGUGCUAUAAAAGCAGCUGUUGAUCAAAGCACUGAAGUCAUCUUCAACGAAAAUCCAGAUGCUGAGUUCAUCAAGUCUAACAACUUUUCUUACGCAAUCAUUGCUGUUGGUGAACCUCCAUAUGCAGAGACAGCUGGAGAUAGCGACAAGCUAACUAUGAUGGAUCCUGGUCCAGCCAUCGUUACCUCUACUUGUCAGGCUAUCAAAUGUGUGGUUGUAGUCGUUUCAGGCAGACCACUUGUGAUGGAACCUUACGUUGCCUCCAUCGAGGCCUUGGUUGCAGCGUGGCUACCGGGAACAGAAGGCCAAGGUAUCACUGAUGCUCUCUUUGGCGACCAUGGCUUCAGUGGGAAACUUCCUAUUACAUGGUUCAGAAACACAGAGCAGUUGCCUAUGAGCUAUGGAGAUUCACCUUAUGACCCGCUCUUUGCUUACGGGUCUGGUCUUGUAACUGAGUCUGUUGCGAGCAUUGUAGCUAGGUCAACGUCAGCUUCUGCUGCUAACACAACGUCAUGCUUAAUCACAAUCCUUUGUCUGUUUCUCUUCCGGAGCUUAAGCGGAAUUUUUAGAUGAAAGCUACAAAACUUUGGAGUAGAAUGGUUCUUGUAGCCUUAGCUAAAGAGAUCCUGAAACAUGUCAUCUUUAUGUGGUGUUGUUGCAACCUGUAACAUUCUCUUUGAUUCUGUUUAAGCAAGAAAGUUCUGUUUAUGUAAUUGAAUUCCUCUAAGACAAUUCUCUGCUUUAUAUACAUUCUUUAUAUUGAAACGUUGUGGGCGCUAAUGUUACAUCUUCUUAACUAAUCUCAUUGGGGAACACAAGGUAUAAACUUGUAAAGUAAGCAAUGUACUAUGCUUUCUUUUGUAAGAGGAUAAACAUAUGAUGAUGAUGACCUGAGACUAAAGAAGAGAUUUCUGAUGAAGACAUACCCUCAAAACUAGGUA